UCACAACCUGUGAUACAGAGUCCAGAGUGCUGCAGGUUUAACUGAUGGAAAAUAUCAGUAGUUGUCAAAUUGUGAUGAAAAGUUUCAGACUCUUGGCUUUCUGUGUCACGUGGGUUUAAACUGCUGCUUUAAAAGUGUCAUUACCUGUUUUGAUGACUAAUAUAUUGGAGUGGGUAUGACCAGCUCCUCUCUCCUCCUCUGUCCAGCGUUCAGCCCUCCCUCUGUCUCAGUCUCUCUGAAAGACGACCAGCUGUUGGUGAAGGUGCAGUUCCCCUGCGCUGCCAACAGGAGGUGCUCUCUGGCGAGGUGCUGUCCCAUUUCUGAACUGAUUGACCCCUGGACAACAGUGACUGUGUACAACGUGCUCAAUCACUCAGAAUACCAGAGCCGUACAGUUUGGACCCAGGAGGUGUCGUCCUUUGUGGAGUUUAACGGUUUAUUUCCGGGUCAGAGCUACUGUGCUGUGGCUAACUUCUCCUUCCCGACCUUCUCCAUGGCCGCCUCCCCUAAGUCUGACCCACAAUGUGUCGAGGUGGUCUCCAAAUCAGAGCUGCUGCCUGUGCUGUGUCUGGGAAUCGUGUUGGCAUCUCUGCUCCUCGUUCCACUUCUCAUUGUGUUUCUGAAAAAAUCAAGACAAACUGCACCAACCACUGAAAAUCAACCCAAGACUCCAGCGUCUGUUCACGAUCCGGUCUCUUUGGUCCCAGUGUCCCUGGUCCCAGUCGACCCUUGUGACAUCUACCUGGAACUCGCUGAUGAUCACAUCUCCAUCGAGUCAUCCUCCAGUCUCGCCUCCAACCAGGACCAGACUUCAGCCAUGGGAAACACCUACACCUGCGAUCCUCUCCGGCAUGACUCGAGCUCUGGUGCGUUGUACUGGGACGGCGGAGGGAUGGAGCUGGAGCGAGGCCUGGACUCUGGCAUCAGCAUCCCACACAUCUCACACUCUUCUGAGGAGACGUGCGACAAAUGGAGACUGAUGCUAGAAGACUGAGAGUCAUCUCACCACGAGUGUUGCUCUACAGAGAUGCAGUGGGGCCCUUUGCUGCUCCAGGUCCUGGUACCCAGUGAGAUUUGAUCCUUCAGACUCUGCACUGUAAGUCACCUUACAGCCUCUGUCACACCUGUGAGGCCACCAGCACUUCACAUUCAGAACAUUUCUCAGAAUGCUUUUUAAUUUUCACUUUGGGUGUUGGACUUCAAAAUUGACCUCACCAAGUAAGCUUCAAACUUGCGAUCCUCACAUCACCAACCAGUCGUUAAUUGGCCUAAGCACGUAGCCUGAUGAUUGCUUAAAAUGUUUUUGAGCCUUUGAGUCGUUGGAAAAUUUUCUGCCCCUGGUAAGAAUCGAACCCUUGACCACUGAGUCACCAAGCAGUCAUCUUAACAGCCUGAACCAUUUGGUCUCAUGCUUGUGAGCUUUUUUCCUCUAGUCUUUGAGUGUUUGCAUUUGGUGUUGAACUUUGAAGAAAUGUAUAGCUUGUUCUUAAAUCACAGCCAAUGGCUCGUCUUUCAUGUCUUUCUGUGUCUGGCAGGAAAUGCUUAGUCACUCGCUCUGACUCACCAAGCCUCAGGGGGUUCAAC